GCACACCCAUGCCUCGAGAUACAUGUGGCCCCCCCGUGCGCCUGGACAACGAUCCAGGACCCUUUCUCAGCAUCUGGCUGCAGGAGCAGCCAUUUUCCUGGCUGUUCGCGUUGUGUGAUCCCAUGUUCUUGUACGCUCUGCGGCAUCGCCUGGCCCGUGAGUGAUAUAUGGAGAGACGCAGAGUUUUGUGCUUUGAAUAAUCAAAUGGCUAACUGAACAAGGAAGCUGCCAUCCACUGAAGCAAUGGGAAUUCUUCUGGAGAAGACGCGCCUCAUUCCAAGAAACCAGGAGUUUCCAGCAGGAUUGUGCAGGGUGAGAAUCCUCAGUGGAAAAAAUUAUCCUGGCGUUACUGUGGACAUCAUCAUGCCUUUUCUGCCGUGCUUGAAAAAAAAGCAGUCACCUGUGCCUUUAGGCAGGAAUAUCUUUCAAAAACACACCCCACCCAUCCAGCAGAACUACCAGGCCUUGCUGGAGACGUGUUUGAAGAACAAAUGCCUGUUCACAGAUGACAACUUCCCUGCUCACAUCAGCUCUAUUGGAGUGGGAGCACUGCUAAAGAAACUACCCCGAAAUUUACAGUGGAAGAGGCCACAUGCUUUGCACAGAAGUCCAAUAUUUUAUGCUCCAAACAGAAAGCAACUUGAUCUCUGCCAAGGAUUGGUGGAGAACUGCUGGUUCCUGGCGGCCCUGGAAGCCCUGACGUUCCACCAGGACAUCUUGGCUGCAGUCGUGCCACAAAACCAGAGCUUUGAGAGGAAAUACGCUGGCAUUUUCCAUUUCCGGUUCUGGCACUUUGGUGAAUGGAUUGAUGUGGUUGUUGAUGAUCGCCUGCCGGUGAAUGAGGCGGGGGAGCUGGUCUUUGUUUCCUCGGUCUAUAAGAAUGUGUUCUGGGGAGCCCUUCUGGAGAAGGCAUAUGCUAAACUCUAUGGCUCCUAUGAAGAUCUGCAGAUUGGGCAAGUUUCAGAAGCCUUGGUGGAUUUUACAGGUGGUGUUAAUAUAAGGAUCAAGCUUGCAGCAGCUCCUCCUGAUCUGUGGGAUAUCCUGACUAGAGCAACCUACAGCAGAUCUCUCAUGGGCUGUCAGACACAUUUAGGGGCAACAAAGGUCCUGAAGAAUGGGCUUGUUGCUGGCCAUGCCUACACAGUAACUGGUAUUAGAAAGGUGACCUGUCAACAUGGACCAGAAAACCUAGUGAGACUGAGAAAUCCAUGGGGAAAAAUUGAAUGGAAAGGAGAUUGGAGUGACAGCUCUUACAAAUGGGAGCUGCUGAGUCCGAAGGAGAAGAUUUUGCUGAGGAAAAAGAAGGAGGAUGGAGAAUUCUGGAUGUCUCUGCGAGAUUUUAAGAUUCAUUUUGUAGAUCUGAUGAUCUGUAAAUUAACUCCAGACCUGAUGAGCCAGGAAGAUGGGAAGAAGUGGAUGUACUCCCUGAAGAGUGGGAGAUGGGUUAAAGGAAGCACAGCAGGAGGAAGUCUGGGAUUCUGUAACGGCACGUUUUGGAUGAACCCUCAGUACUGGCUGAAUGUUUUACCAGUUGAAGACAGUAAGAAAAAGCUGGGUUCCUGCAAUGUGGUUAUAUCCCUGAUGCAGAAACACAGCAGCAAACACCGGAACCGAGCUCCUCACCUCUUCAUUGGCUUUUCACUCUACAAGGUGGACCUACAGUACCAGGAAAGCAGCAGAAAGCUGCCUCCAGCCUUCUUCACCCGACACCAGCCUGUGAACAAGCACCAGGUCUUCCUUGAUGAGCGGGAAGUGACUCAUGACUUCCACCUGGAGCCUGGUGUCUAUAUGAUUGUCCCAUCCACCCUGGAGCCUCAGCAGGAGUCUGAAUUCAUCCUGCGGGUCUUCUCCAGGAAGCACGUCCUUCGGGAAAUGGGUGGGAACACCAGUUUCACCCUCUCUAAGGAAAUUGUUGAUAGGUAUGAAGGCAAGAGUUGGCAGGAUUUCUUCACAAAGCAUUUUGAACAGAAUCCUGAAAUAAAUGCUGUUCAGCUCCAGAGGAUCCUGAAUAAUAUAUCUUGGAGAAAUUUCCAGAGUUUUCGGCUGAGUUUCAGUCUGGACGCUUGCCAGGGUAUCUUGGCGCUCCUGGAUCUGAAUGCCUCUGGCACACUGAGUAUCCAGGAAUUCAGAGUCCUGUGGAAAAGGCUGCUUUUCUAUUUGGAAGUUUUCCAGAAAAGAGACACUAGCAGAUCAGGAAAGCUUGACCUUGUGGAACUGCAUGCAGCUGUACAGGAGACAGGCAUUUCGCUCAGCAAUGAAGUUUGUAAUUUGAUGGCAAUCAGAUAUGGUGACCCUGACUUAAAGAUCAGCUUUGAGAGCUUUGUGUGCUUCAUGCUUCGAGUGGAGAUCAUGGGAGAGGCCUUUCGCAACUUAACGCAAGAUGGCAAAGGGAUAUAUCUCCGGGAAUCUGAGUGGAUGAUGAUGACGCUGUAUUCCUGAAGCAAUGCUCUAGAGGAGAGGACAACCAGGCCGGUACCAGGAUGAGGAAGGUUGCUUUGGGUCAACUUUCUGUGCACACUGGACUCUCUGUGCUCAGCCCUGCAAUUUACCUCGUAUGAAAAGUCUUCCCCUCAAGCAGACUUGACCUAAUAGUCACAGACUUGGUGAACUGCAGUUUUGGUAAUUAAUGUAUUUAUUUUGAGUCCUAUUUCACUUCAGACAACCCUUCUGAGAAGAGACUGCUGGAUGCCAACCGCUACGAGUGCACAGUGUGACGCCUUGGAGCGCAGUGGCUGUGUCGUUGGGAUCACCUAUUUAAUUCCGAUGUUACACUGUUAUUGUUAUAGGAUGGCAUACGUUGUGUGUUACAGGAUGGCUGUGCUUGGUGACAGGGCUAUUGAGCAUGGGAUAAAAAUGGCCCCUGCCCUGAGUAGCUUGUAACAAGUAGUUCUGCUGCUGCUAGGCCCAUGGUAGAGGGCAGGAGUCUGUGUGCUUGUGGGGACUCUUGGAAUGAACACUUUUCCCUAGCCAUGACUUGGAAAGGUGAUUUGCAAGCUUUCAAACUGUCUCUUUUGCUUUUAUAAGUCAGCAUAGCCCCAUUGAAGUGAACCUAAGUUGAUUUGACCAGGUGAUGAGCCAGGUAUUCAGCUCUUUGUUGUGGAUGGAGGCUGUGAUGUUUGCAUAUUUGUUUCAGAAAGGCGGUAGGUUUUCCCUGCAGAUUGAGAAGUACAGUACAGUGAGAAGGAAACUGAUCCCAUAUAGUCUUUAAGUCACCGGAAAUUGGCAGGGAAUAGAUGUUCUCUGUAGCAUGAUACAGGAGCAGUCUGGUAAAACAUUUGGAUAUUUGUCAGUUACUUUUUAUAAAGUGGAUGAGAGAGAGAGAGCGUGUGCGCGCAUUUUUAAACGAUGCAGGCAUAUGCAGGUUGCAGCUAAUUAAAUAGUGGAAACUGGGUGCGUAGCUGUGAACAGUGUUAGAGAACAUGUUAGAAGUGGGACUAUUCACACCAAACUCGGUGCUAGAGUUACUUGAUGCAUCUAUCUGUAGGAUCCUUUUUCACUGUCUUACCAUUUAUUUACUUGGGCUGGAAAUUUCCACACUAAGUGCCUGUUACAGGUUGCUGCUUUGAUUUUUUUUUUUUUUUUUUUUUUUGCAUUCCCAUGGACAGCACAAUUGUGGCUCUUUUCCAGUGCACAGCCUAGUCUGGGCGCUGAAUGAAACAGAGCUCCAAUGGGAAUGAACAUAUAAUGACAGACCAUACUCUAAUGCCUUUGUAGGAAUGAGUUGUAUUAAGCUUGCAUAGGCAGCCUUCCCUCUGGCUUUUUGUGACUCUUUAGGUUCUUAAUCUCAUAACUGUCCUUUUAGAGUGCAUAUGAGAUUCAGGAAUGAGGUGCACUGUGGAUAAGAAUGUAAACACGAGCCUUUCGCUGAGCUCAGGUAUGUGCUUACCACUGCAUUGAAGCCUCUGCAACAGCAUAAGCAUGUUUAGAGAGAAACCCCAUGGUGUAUAAGUGUUCCCAGUCAGGAGGCAUUAAACAGUAAAAACAACAGUGCACACUUUAUUCCUCAGAACAGUCUGUUUCUAAACAGUAUCAUUUUCAUACUGUUUUUAUGAGAAAACUGUUAGAACCUGAUAAAUAGAUAGCUGUGUUUGUACUUGUUUAUAACAGAUGAUAUAUCUAUCAUCUAUUGUGAGUGGCCUACUGUGGUGUCACUGGAGCCACGGGGUUCAGAUCUGUGAAGCAGAGCAGGUUAGAGGGAGCGGGGACAUCCACGGCCCUUGAGCAGCAGCGUCGCAGCGCUGCCGUCCUGUUGGGCUGCCAAACAGGUUCCCUUAGCAGCUCCUGUCACAAAGCACGUGCUCUCUCCUAACUGUCAUACCUCUGUUUCCUUUUGUGACUCGCAGCUGAACAUGAUGGUGCAAACUAAAUUAGCCUCAUUUAAUUUGCACUCAACUCAGUGGGGGAUGUUAUAAACACUGAUUUACUGCGUGCAGGAGCAGCACUGCAAGAACUGAAAAGGUUGAUUGAGAGAGCAUAGGUCUUCCUUCUUCAGUGCACUCCAAAAAAAGAUGGUCCCUGGCCCCCACAGGGAUGGCUAGGGGGGUCUGUGUGAGUGCAGAGUGUUCACAGCAGGACUCAGUUGGACAUGAUGGGAUGAAAAUCUGUCAGUCCCAACUGGGUUUGUUGCACAAUGUGUGUAAUCAGCUGAGCAAGACUUAGUUAGGGCCGGGAGUAUGCUGGACAUAGCUUUGCCACAGGCCGUGUGCAAAACUGCGGUGCAGGACACCCAGUUUCAAAUUACAGUUCAUUUUAAUGUUGUACACAUUGGUUUUUAUAUCGGAUUUUGUACUUAUUUACUUCACACCUCUUUAAUGCAGAGCAAUGUAAUUGCAGGGAGAUUAUUUUGCUAUUGAUUACUUGAUCCAGGAAAGAAACAGAAUUCAUCCAUGCCAUGAAUCACUAAGCAUUUGCAGCAAUAAACUUUAUUGAGCCAUGUGACUUGCUGUUACAGAAUUGUAAAGAAUGCUUUACU